GCGCGCCGGCGUGUCUCAGCUCUGCCCGGCCUCGGCCCGCGGCCGACUGCGUGAGCCUACCCGUGCGGCUAAAGAAGCUUUCGCGGGCGGAGAGGCUCCGAAGCAUCCAUGGGGCUGGGUCCGCGUUCCCCCCACCAGGCGGAGCGCCGCUUCCUAGCUGGCGGUAAACGAGCGCGCGGGGCCAAGGGCACGGGGCGCCCCCCACCAGGCCGCCGGCGACCACCCUGCCCACCUCCGGGUGGGCCCUCGGAGCAGGCUCCAGAUGUGCGCCCUCACCUGAGCCCGGAAGCUCUGGGGUAUUUCCGCCGGGCGCUGUCAGCGCUGAAGGAGGCCUCCGAGACGGCAGAGGAACGAGAGCUGAUGGUGCACAAUGUUUUGAAAGAAGUGGAGGCUCAGGCCCUAGCCUUGGCCACAAACAGGGCUGGUAGUGAGAUGCUGCAGGAACUGUUGGGGUUCAGCCCCGUGAAACCGCUGUGUCGAGUGUUGGCUGCUCUGCAGCCCAACUUGCGCUUUGUGGCCUGUCAUCGAUGUGGGGUGCAUGUAUUGCAAAGUGCUUUGCUGCAGCUGCCUCGAUUGCGAGGGAGCCCUGCAGAGGAGGAGGAGGCAGAGGAGGAGGAGGAUGGGAAGGAUGGUUCUUUGGAGACCCUGGAGGAGCUGGUCCUGGGACUAGCUGCUGAGGUGUGUGAUGAUUUUCUUUUCUACUGUGGAGACACACAUGGCAGCUUCGUGGUCAGAACUUUGCUGCAGGUAUUGGGAGGGACUCUUCUGGAGUCUGAGAGAGCCAGGCCCCGUGGCUCCCAGUCAUCUGAAGCACGAAGGGCCCCAUCUCGGGAAUGUAAGCCAACUGAUUUCGAGGUCCCUGAAACCUUCUUGAAUUGCCUUCAGAACCUGAGCUCCUGCUUUCUGAAGGACAUUGCUGUGUUUAUCACUGACAAAAUCUCCAGCUUCUGCCUUCAAGUGGCCUUACAGGUCUUACACCGCAAGCUGCCCCAGUUUUGUGCCCACCUCUGCAGUGCUGUGAUUGACUAUCUGAGUAGCCGCAAUUCCUCAGCAGAUGGCAGCCCCCUGCUGCUGUUUCUGCGAGAUCAGACGAGCUCCAGACUCCUGGAGCAGGUGCUGCUGGUGUCGGAGCCCCCAAGGCUCCAGAGUCUCUUUGAGGAUCACUUCCAGGGACAGCUGCAGACCCUGGCUGCACAUCCUAUUGCCAACUUCCCUUUGCAGCGGUUCCUGGAUGCUGUCACCACUGCUGAGCUGCUGUCACCCGUGUUUGAAGAGCUAAGCCCUGCCCUGGAAGCUGUGCUGGCUCAGGGUCACCCAGGGGUAGUCAUCGCCCUGGUCGGGGCGUGCCGCAGAGUUGGGACCCACCAGGCCCAGGUCCUGCAGCUGUUGUUGGAGGCAUUCCACUGUGCGGAGCCCUCUUCCCGGCAAGUGGCCUGUGUUCCUCUCUUUGCUGCUUUGAUGGCUUAUGAGGUGUACUAUGGACUGGCGGAGGAGGAGGGGGCAGUGCCCACGGAGCACCAGGUGGAAGUGGCCGUCACCAGGGAGCUGGGGGAAGUGACAGUCCUUGGGUCUUUAUUGCUCCAGCAUUUGCUGCACUUCUCCAGUCCUGGUCUUAUACUUCGAAGUCUGGGUGCCUUGACAGGACCACAGCUUCUAACUCUGGCCCAGAACCCUGCCGGUUCCCAUGUGCUUGAUGCUGUCCUGACCAGCCCCUCUGUGACGCGCAAGCAGCGCCACCGGGUGCUGAGGAUCCUGAAGGGACAAUAUGUGGCUCUGGCCUGUAGUCGCCAUGGCAGCCGUGUGCUGGAUGCCAUCUGGAGUGCAGCAGCCUUGGGGGCCCGGAAGGAAAUUGCUACUGAGCUGGCCUCCCGCAGGCGCCGAAGGAUGUCGGUCUGCUACCGUCCGCCGGGGAACGAGACGCUGCUGAGCUGGAAGACCUCGCGGGCCACAGGCACGGCCUUCCUGCUGCUGGCGGCGCUGCUGGGGCUGCCCGGCAACGGCUUCGUGGUGUGGAGCCUGGCGGGCUGGCGGCCCGCGCGGGGGCGGCCGCUGGCGGCCACGCUGGUGCUGCACCUGGCGCUGGCCGACGGCGCGGCGCUGCUGCUGACGCCGCUCUUCGUGACCUUCCUGAGCCGGCAGGCCUGGCCGCUGGGCCAGGCGGGCUGCAAGGCCGUGUACUACGUGUGCGCGCUCAGCAUGUACGCCAGCGUGCUGCUCACCGGCCUGCUCAGCCUGCAGCGCUGCCUCGCCGUCACCCGGCCCUUCCUGGCGCCCCGGCUGCGCAGCCCCGCCCUGGCCCGCCGCCUGCUGCUGGCCGUCUGGCUGGCCGCCCUGGUGCUCGCCAGCCCGGCCGCCGUCUACCGCCACCUCUGGGCGGGCCGCGUGUGCCAGCUGUGCCAUCCGUCGCCCGCGCACGCCGCCGCCCACCUGAGCCUGGAGACCCUGACCGCCUUCGUGCUGCCCUUCGGGCUGGUGCUCGGCUGCUACAGCGUGACGCUGGCGCGGCUGCGGGGCGCCCGCUGGGGCGCCCGGCGGCACGGGACGCGGGUGGGCCGGCUGGUGCGCGCCAUCGUGCUGGCCUUCGGCUUGCUCUGGGCCCCCUACCACGCCGUCAACGUGCUGCAGGCGCUGGCCGCGCUGGCUCCGCCCGGAGGGGCCCUGGCGAGGCUGGGCGGGGCGGGCCAGGCGGCGCGAGCCGGAACCACGGCCCUGGCCUUCUUCAGCUCCAGCGUCAACCCGGUGCUCUACCUCUUCACCGCCGGGCAUCUACUGCCCCGGGCGGGUCCCCGCUUCCUCACGCGGCUCUUUGAGGGCUCCGGAGGCGGCGGCCGCUCUAGGGAGGGCACCAUGGAGCUCCGAGCUACCCCUCGGCUCAAAGUGGUGGGGCAGGGCCGCGGCAAUGGAGACCCUGGGGGCGGGGCGGAGAAGGACAGUCAGGGAUGGGACGCUUGACGUCAAACCCUGCAACCAGGCCUGCUCUUCCCUGUCCCCUUCCAUCGCCCCCCAGAACUCAGGGAACCGCUCUGGAGGCUUUGGGGAUCCUUCUCUGGCCAUAGUUUGGAUCCGUCUGGGCAGAAUUAUUACA